GGUGCGCUCCGCUCGCAGGCGCCUGGCCCUCAUGAUGAUGAAGAAGAAGAAGUUCAAGUUUAAGGUGGACUUCGAGCUCGAGGAGCUCUCCUCGGUGCCCUUCGUCAAUGGAGUCCUCUUCUGCAAGAUGCGGCUUCUGGACGGCGGCAGCUUCACGGCCGAGUCCUCCAGGGAGGUGGUACAAGCAAACUGUGUCCGCUGGAGGAAGAAGUUCUCAUUCAUGUGCAAAAUGAGUGCCAGCGCCUCCACAGGCAUCCUGGACCCUUGUGUCUGCAGAGUGUCUGUGAGGAAGGAAUUAAAAGGUGGAAAAGCUUAUGCAAAGCUGGGCUUUGCAGAUCUAAACUUGGCCGAGUUUGCUGGAUCAGGAAAUACCACUCGUCGUUGUUUACUGGAAGGCUAUGAUACCAAAAAUACAAGACAGGAUAAUUCCAUUCUUAAAGUUUUGAUCAGUAUGCAACUGAUGUCUGGUGACCCAUGUUUUAAAACGCCUCCCUCUACAUCAAUGUCUAUACCAAUUGCUGGUGAAUCUGAAUCUCUGCAAGAAGACAGAAAAGGCGGAGAGACUCUCAAAGUGCAUCUUGGAAUAGCAGAUCUUUCAGCCAAGAGUGCCUCUGUUCCGGACGAACUUGGUGCCUGUGGACAUUCCAGAACAUCAAGCUAUGCGAGCCAGCAGUCAAAAGUAUCAGGGUAUAGCUCAUGUCACUCCAGGUCAUCUAGUUUCUCUGAGCUCUGCCACAGAAGAAAUACCUCAGUGGGAAGUACCUCAACGGGAGUUGAAAGUAUUCUAGAGCCCUGUGAUGAAAUCGAGCAAAAAUUAGCCGAACCAAAUCUUGAUACAGCUGAUAAAGAAGAUAUAACUUCAGAAAAACUCAACAGAUGUCCAGUGAAACAAGAUUCUGUAGAAUCUCAGCUGAAACGAGUUGAUGACACCAGAGUGGAUGCAGAUGAUAUUGUGGAGAAAAUAUUACAAAGUCAAGACUUCAGCCUAGAUUCCAGUGCAGAAGAAGAAGGACUGAGGCUAUUUGUAGGUCCUGGAGGAAGUACAACCUUUGGCAGUCAUCAUCUUCCAAAUAGGGUGGGAUCUGGAGCUUAUGAACAAGUUGUGAUCAAACGCUAGAAGUCAAGCUGGCGAACUGAAGUUGCUCUGUCAAUUUAAGAUGUGAGUGAUUGACAUGUCAAGGCAUUGUGAUUCAAGCACUUUAACAGAAAAUGAACCUAUGUAAAAAAUGAAGUUCAAGCUUUGCGCAGUGGCAAUAUCGUAGCCAGUGAGGUUUAUCUGAGGCACACUUACUGCUGAUUAAAAAUGAAGUUCAUCUAUCAAGAGGAAAACCAAUGCUGAUUUCCUCUGUGAAAGUGCCCACCACUAUCCUUCCCGCCCACCAAAAGGGAACAUCUGAAAGGUAGUUUCAAGGCACUGUGCUGGUGCGUGCCUUGGAAUACGUGGCUUCCAGAAUCACUGCACAUGAUAAUGAAAAGCCUUCUUUUCUUUUUUAUCGCUCCAGUGGGGUAAACAGCAUUAUGCAUAAUGGAGUAUAUAUUUAGUAUUCAAGUGUAAAGUCUGUGAUAAAGGUGCUCAACAGAUUUGGGCUCUGUGGGUUUUUUUAAAAUUUAAUGUUGUGAGCGAUAAUAA